GCUUGGCUAAAUGAUAACACUAGUUGCCUAGCAAAUUUAUGUUUGUUUAAAUCAUAACAAAUGUGUAAAAGCUUUUAACUUGAAUUUCGUGUGCAACAAUAUGCAUUAAAAUUGCCACUACUCGGUUAGACCGUCGAACUAAAUGAGUAUGCAUAAAUGGUACACAUAUCCUGGAUAUCUUGCCACGAUAAUAUUCAUAGCAGUUUUAACGAAAAAAUUUGCCACGAACAUUCUUUCUAAUUACAAGAUGGGUUUAGAUGACGAAGAGCAGACCAACACACACUUAUAUAUCGAUGAAGAUGAUGACCAAUGGUCCGAUGAUUCAACUGAUAGCGAAAUGGUUGAUCAGAGCGAUGAGGACUUAGUGUCACUCUACAUACAAGUACCAAAACCGAUUUCCCGUCAAAAUAAAACUCGAAGGGAGUUGAAGAGAUUGGCAGUUCGUCGUUUAGUCGAAGGACGUCAUGUUAAAUUAUCACAAUCGCCGGUGGCGAUAAAGAAUAAUACAGAUAAAUUGUCAUCUCCAUUUGUUUUAAUGAUUUUAGUGAUUUUACUUCAGUUAGGAUACAUAUUUGUGCGAAGAAAUCAUCAGAAAGAACCUGAAACUUAUUCCUAA